GCAUGUAAGAGUGGGCAAAGGGUCUGGGAAGGGGCCGUCUGUGGGCGCCAUGUCGGGCCACGAAGGUGGCAAAAAGAAGCCCCUGAAACAGCCCAAGAAGCAGGCCAAGGAGAUGGACGAGGAGGAUAAAGCUUUCAAGCAGAAACAAAAGGAGGAGCAGAAGAAACUCGAGGAGCUAAAAGCCAAGGCCGCGGGGAAGGGACCCCUGGCCGCAGGUGGAAAUUAAGAAAUCUGGCAAAAAGUAAGUUGUUCCUCUUAUCUUCCAUGAUGGUGACCCUCCUCCAUCCCUAUUUAAACAUCUGGAUACCCUGCCAUAACAUCUUUGCCACCUACAGCUAGGAUGAAGUGUUAUUCUGGAGCCUGUUAAACAUCUGGAUUCCCUACUAUAACAUCUUUGCCACCUGCAGCUAGAAUGAAGUGUUAUCAUG